GAAGCCCGCAAACAACAGCUUUGUGCUCAAGGGUUUCGGUGCGAGCGGCGGCGCCCCUAGUGCGAACGACGAACAGCGCCAAGGCAGAGGAGGCGGACAUCCGGUGUACGGCGGAGGUUCCUGGACGCGUGGGGGAGGUCGGUGGAGCGGCCGCAAGCGCCUCAGCACCAAUCGCCAUCACCAGCCGGCCAACCGCCGCCACGGACGGCAGCUGUCGAGCAAUGAGCAAGCGAGCCAAGAUGUCAGAGCCGGAGGCGCGGACCACUGUUGUAGGCUCUUCCGUGCAGUUCAGAGUUUACUACGAGCAAUUCAAGCAGCUUCCCAUUGGCAACCCCAUCCUCUCCGACGUUGUCUCUGCCGGGGGACACCUCUGGAGGAUUGAGUUUUUCUCUGACGACGACGAUGUGGGCAUUUCUAUCUUCCUCAGGCACAUGAGCAAAUCCAGAAGUGCCAGGGCCAUCUUCGAGGCCUUCGUGAUGGGUAGGGAUGGCACACCAUCUAAGCCGGCUAUGCAAUGGUUAUGUCAAACCUUUGAAGCCAGUGGAGAUACAAAGGGCAGCGACAACUGGGGAUUGUUGAUGGUGGUUCCUGAUCUGGAGAAAAGAUUCUUAAUAGAGAGACACGUCACAUUUGUAUGCACCAUCAUGGUCACCGACCACAGUCCUAUUCUGGUGCCGCCUUCAGACAUUGGAACCCAUCUUGGCCGCCUGCUAGAUCAAACUGAUGGGGCAGACGUGUCAUUCAUCAUUGACGAUGAGACAUUCCCUGCUCACCGAGCAGUGCUUGCUGCCCGCUCACCAGUCUUCAAAGCAGAGCUAUUCGGUUCCAUGGCCGAGUCUACAAUGUCCUCCAUCACGCUGCACGACAUCACACCUGCAACAUUUAAAACUUUGAUAUGGUUCAUAUACACAGAUGAAUUGCCUGCAGAAGACGAGCAUCAGGGCUCUUCCACUGAGAUGAUUCAGAAUCUACUCGUUGCAGCCGAUCGGUAUGCGCUUGACAGGCUGAAGAUCAUCUGUGCCCAGAAGCUAUGGGAUAAAGUGUCGGUAGAUACAGUUGCAGCUAUCUUAGGUUUCGCCGAAACAUACAAUUGUCAGGAGUUGAAAAACAAGUGCAUCGACUUCUUUGCAGUGGAGAAUAAUUUCAAACAGGUCAUGUUCACCGAUGGUUACGCAAUGUUGCUUCUGAAGUUCCCAUCGAUCAUUGCUGAGCUGAAGAAGAGGGUUGGGGCAUAACAUGCGUUCUGAGGUUCAAGCUUAGCUCUAGGAUGGUGUUUUGGUAUAUAUUGAGUAGUUUUCUGACGUUAAGCCAAGCAUACAGUUUCUGUUUACUGAGUGGCUAGGAGCUUGAUAUUGCAGAACCUUGUUAUAUGUUGGGCUUUGUUGAUGCUGAUAAGUGAGGGGAGCUGCAGUUGGCUGUCAGAUAAUUCAGAUGCAAAGUCAAGGAUGUUGUGUUAAAUCAGCUGCCCAUUUGUGUUUUUGUUUCUCUGUUGGCUUGGACAUGUCGUGUGAAGUCAGGUGCCCUGAAGCUUUUUAAGAUGUUUAAUUGAGCAAUGCUUGUGCAACUAUCUAGAUAUAUGUAGUCUUAACUCGAUGCUACGAUAUGAUCAUUGCAAAGCAUAUCAGAGCUCAGGAAAUCUGAAUGCUUACUGUGUAUGUUGUCAAAAUUCUGGACUAUACCUUAUUACCUUUUGCAUACUUCAGUGUUUACUCGAAUUCUUCAAUGUAUCUGAUAACUGAAAUGGGUGAUAUCAUCAGGAUGGUGCCUUCUGGUAACAAAAAGCACAACCUUGAUUUUGGUUUA